AUGGAGGCAAGAUUGGAUGGAUUGGAAAAGUUGCUCCAAGAAAUGGCGCAAGAUCGUGAUAAAACUGAUAAUGAGAAUCAUGAUCGCUUUCAACGCAUUGAAGACUUGCUGCGAGGGGUUUCAGGGCUGGUGGAGAAGAUAUCUUUGGGAGAGCCAACAGGGCAGUCGUCCUCAACAGGACAUUUUCGUCCUCAUGAUCGUCAGAAGGAGGAAACAGAUAUGGGAUUGUGUCCGUCGCGUUGGAGGAAACUGGAUAUUCCAGUUUUUGUGGGGGAGGAGGCCUAUGGCUGGACAAAUCGUUUAGAACGAUAUUUUCGAUUGAAGGCUGUGUCGGAGGAGGAAAAAAUGCAGGCGGUAAUGGUAGCGUUGGAAGGGAAAGCUCUCAAUUGGUUUCAGUGGUGGGAAACCUGUCAUCAGACCCCUUCUUGGGAAGAGUUUAAAGUAGCAGUGGUUAGAAGGUUCCAACCAACUAUGUUACGGAACCCUUUUGAAAUCUUGAUAGGCUUAAGUCAGAAUGGAACGGUUGAUGAGUAUAUUGAGCAGUUUGAGAUGUAUGCAGGAUUCUUGAAGGGAAUUGAGCAAGAAUACUUGGUGGGGAUCUUCUUGAAUGGUCUGAAAGAUGACAUUAAGGCAGAAGUCAAAUUGUAUGACCCUGCUACGCUGGCAGAUUUAAUGCUUAAAGCCCAAAUGGUGGAGGAGAAGAUUCGCGUGCAUUCGAAGGCAGGUUAUUCAUCUCUGAAUAGGUCUACCACUACCUCCAAACCUUAUACAGUGACAAGAAGUUUUUCCAGGGAGCCAACAGCCUCAGGAAGUUCUGUCAAUUUCAAUGACGAAAAAGGGAAAUCGGGGGAGACCACUAGUAUUGCCAGCAACACAUCAGGAGGGCAACGUCUUAGAGGAGCACCCUUUAGGAAAUUGUCUGAGGCUGAGUUACAAGACAAGAUCAAGAGAGGCCUUUGUUUUCGGUGUGAUGAGAAGUAUGGCCCUAACCACAUUUGCAAAAACAAACAACUCCACAUGUUGUUGUUAACAGAGGAAGAAAUGACGGGAUUAGAGGGUGUUCAAGACAAACCUGAGGUCAAUGAUGAAAUGGGGACUGCAAAGGGGCAAGUUUUGCAACUCUCCUUGUGCACCAUGGCUGGGAUCACUACAAAGAAGUCCUGGAAGUUAUGGGGUAGUAUUGGAUCUGAACGAGUAGUGGUGUUGCUGGAUUGUGGUGCAUCCCACAACUUUAUUUCCUCCAACCUUAUUUCUAGAUGUGGGCUGCAACAGGAAGACACACCUCCAUUCGUGGUGGAAGUUGGUGAUGGCCACAAGGUACGGUGCCAAGGUAAAUGCCAAGGAUUUUUAUUGGAUUUACAGGGAUUCCAGGUUCAACAACAAUUUUUCGUCUUUGAUUUGAGUGGGGCAGACAUUGUGUUGGGGCUGGAAUGGCUGGCUAGCCUUGGGGAGGUCAAGGCAGAUUUUGGUCAGUUAAAGUUAACCAUCAGGAAGGGUGAUACAGAGAGGCUUAUCACAGGAGAUCCAACCUUAUCAAAAUCGCAGUCUUCCUUGAAAACUCUGCUGCACGAAUGGCGAAACGAAGGAUCAUGUUUUCUGCUGAAAUGGGGAGAAGAAAAGGAGGGCAACCACACUCUAGAUAUCCCUGCUACAUUGCUUCCAAUUUUAGAGCUCCACGAGACAGUUUUUCAAGAGCCCAUAGGCUUACCCCCUAGCCGCAAUCAUGAUCAUGCUAUUCACCUCCAGCAGGGAGCUACAAUCCCUAACCUCAGACCCUACAAAUACUCCCAUCAGCAGAAAAAUGAAAUUGAGACCUUGGUACAAGAGAUGCUUCAUGCUGGGAUUAUUAGACCUAGCAUCAGUCCGUAUUCAAGCCCCAUAAUUUUGGUUCGAAAGAAGGAUGGGGGUGGCGAUUUUGUGUCGACUAUCGGCCUUUAA